UGCGGUGGUGGUGUUGAUGUUGUGAGACGAACUACCUGUCCUGCAACAUCAGCAGCACCAACCGCAGCAACGGCAACAACAUCGGCAACAGCACCUAUACCGUUACCCCCUAAAAAGCAUCGUUACGCAACACAAACAUCUAAUGCUGCAACAACUUUCACAAGCAAUACUUGCGAUGAACAAGAAUAUGAUGAGUAUUAUCCACAACAAUACGAACAGCCCCAACAGCCACAACAAUCACAACAAUCACACCGUCAUACAUCUUCCCGUUCUGCAACAUCAGGAAAACAUCAACGAGCUGCGACUUUUGACGUAUCAGAUUCACGAGACUAUGAGCUGCAAAGAUUGGGUAACCGUAGAUCACAUGCGGCAAACAGUAAACAUCGCAGUGGUAGCAAUGAUACACGUAUUGAGCGUGCACAUCAUGAUCGAGAACGAUCUCGAAGUGAUCAUCGUAUUUCCUCAUACGCUUGUGAUGAUAUGUUAGUAAACGGUAAUGUGCAACCACGUCAACAAAGACGCGAAAAAACAUUUAAGGUAUGAUUUUUAGAGACGUCAUAAAAAUUUUCCACUUCUUUUGGAGGCUCGGUUGACAGAUGGUAAUGUAUAAAAUUAUAACUGACAACUCAAGUACAAUGGUAAAAAGAAGCAGCGGCAACGGCGGUUUUGUAAUAAUAAUUGUAUCAUUUCGAUUGUAAUGCGAGCAGCGAUGAACCCUCGUUUAUAUAAAUCGUAGUAGUAGUAGCAAAUAAAGUAAAUAAUUUUUGAAAACUAAAAAAGGUGCAUAAAAAUACAUUUUUACAAAUCAAAUAUACAAAACAAUUCAAUUAUAAUCGAAGUGCAGGUUAAAAUCGACAAGUUAAAAAUAAAGUUAACCCUAAUUUAGGACAAAAACAACCAUAUAUUGACCGGAAGAAGCUUUUCUGUUAGGAAAAUAUUUUUUAAUACAAUAUGUAUAUUGUAAAUGCAUAUUUUUAAUAUAUUAUCAUAUUGAUUUUUAAAAACACAAUUACGAUUUGUAUGCACAUAAGAAUUCAGUUUUAAUAAGAAAAGAAAUAAGAAUUGAAUUAUUUUAUGAUUUCAAAUAAACGCAAAUAAAAUUUAUUAAGGGUAGUUACGAAAUCUCCUGAAUGUAAAAUAUAUACAAAAUAGUGUAUAAUAUUGUUUAAAUUCGAUCAAGAGUUCGAGAGUUGAUUAAGCUGUUGUACCUUAGGGUUGUCAUUUUAUAUAAUUUGCUGUGUAGAAGAGGAUUAUCAUAACUAUUAUGACUUUUUGUUAUAACGUUUGCAGAAAACUGAAGCCAAAUUUCUACAAAUUUUAAUCAAUUAUUUUAUUUUUCCACUUUAUUUCUAUACCAUUUUUAUUUGUAUAAAAACGACAACAACAACAACAGAGCAGCUAAUUUAAACGACAGAAAUUUUAACAAACCGUGCAAGUGAUUUCGUGAGUGCCCUAAUCAAUAAUAAUAAUUACAAAUGAAACCAAUAAGUAUUAGUAAUCUAAUUUAACCUAAGUGUGGUUCAAAGAAAUAACAAAAAAAUUUAAUUAAAACAAUUUGGAUUGAAGCAGCAGAAAAGCUUCCUAUGGUAUAUGGUGUAAAUAUAACAAAAAUUUUCGCAAAAAUUCUGUUUUACACGUUUAAUCGCACAAUUAGAAGACACCAAAUAUUACUUUUUUGUCCUUAUCGUUUGCGAUAUAUGUUCUUAACUACAUUUUGUUAUGUUGUUUACAU